CUAUUUUAAGUUUUUAACCAUAAAAAAUAAAUCAAAUGAUUUGUGAGGCACUUGAAUCCUGAUGCUAUUUGUCAACAGGCAACCGAUACUUUGAAGAUACAUGAAACAUGUUAGACCUUCUCACGCCACUAGUCCACAUAUAAAAACUCCGCCUCCACCUCCUCCUCCAACAGCCGCCGCAGAAUUCCGGCCAUCCAACCAUCUACAGGAUCUCCACCGCCUCCCCUCAAUCGCUACGGCGCCUUCUCACCCAAACGACUUUCCUCCUCUCCUCAAGACAUGCGCCUCCCUAAGCCUCCUUCCCGUCGGCCACAUCCUCCAUCAGCGCGCUGUCGUACUGGGCCUCACGGCCGAACCCUACCUUGCCACCUCCCUCCUCCACAUGUACGCGGUAAACGGGCGCAUCUCCGAUGCCCACCGGGUGUUCGACCAAAUGCCUAUAAAAAACGUUGUUCCUUAUUCGGCCCUCAUCUCGGCGUAUUGUCGGUCAGCUAAUUUGAAUAUGGCCUUCUGUACUUAUAACAAGAUGUUGAACGACGGAAUACGACCCAAUUCAGUUACUUUGCUUGGAUUAAUCUCAGGGAUCUCUGAUUUAUACCUUCUGCAAUCCUUGCAUGCUUUGGUGAGCCAUUUUGGCUUCGAGAAAGAUCUCAUUAUCAUGAAUUCUAUGAUGAAUGUGUAUUCGUUGUGCGGAAGAGCGGACUUUGCUCGAAUGUUGUUCGAUUCAAUGCCAUUCAAAGACUGUAUUUCUUGGAAUUCAAUGAUAGCAGGUUACUCCAGAAAUGGAGAGGUAAAAAGUUCAAUGGACCUGAUACAUAAAAUGAGACUGGCAGGUUUCUUUCCAGAUCAGCAAACAUAUGGGUCUUUGCUAUCGUUAUUCACAAACAAUACCAGGUGUUCUGUUCAGCUGGGCUGUUUGAUUCAGGCCUUAGUCAUAACAUCUGGGUUUGUAUCAGAUUUCCAUCUUCUUACCUCCCUUGUAAGCCUGUAUCUGAAAUUUGGUAAAUUGGAUUAUGCAUUCAAGCUUUUCGAUCUAUCUUCGGAGAAGGAUGUCGUGCUGUGGACUGCAAUGAUCUCUGGUCUCGCUCAUAACGAUCGAGCUGAUGAAGCUCUGUUAGUGUUUCAUAAGAUGAUUUCUACUGGACUGACACCAUUGAAUACAACCAUAGCAAGUGCAGUGUCAGCUUCUGCACAGCUCGGAAUGUUCAGAAUUGGUGCUUCUAUCCAUGGCUUCAUCGUAAGGCAGAAAUUGGCUUUAGAUACAGCUGCUGAGAACUCUCUCAUAACCCUGUACAUGAAAUGCAGCCACAUGAGACAGGGCCAACAGUUGUUCGAGUUGAUGCAGAACAGAGACUUGGUCUCUUGGAAUGCAGUUGUUUCAGGUUUUGCUCAUAAUGGCCAUCUUGAGGAAGCAUUUUAUUUCUUCAUCAGAAUGAUUUCAGUAAUGCAAACACCAGAUACAAUCACUAUUGUAUCCCUCCUCCAAAGCUGUGCAUCAUUGGGGGCACUCCACCAAGGGAGGUCAAUUCAUAACUUCAUGAUCAGGCAUGAGCUGAACUGUUCCCUUUCCAUGGAGACUUCUUUGGUUGACAUGUAUUCCAAAUGUGGUGAUAUUAAAACGGCACAGAAAUGCUUCAAUCGAAUGCUGGAGCAGGAUAUGGUAUCAUGGAGCGUGAUCAUUGCAGGUUAUGGAAGUCAUGGAAUGGGGGAUGUUGCUCUUAGGAUGUACUCCAGGUUUCUCAGUACUGAAAUGAAGCCAAAUAAUGUUAUGUUCCUUUCUGUACUAUCAGCUUGCAGUCACUCUGGGCUUGUUUCUGAAGGCCUGGCCAUCUUCAAUUCCAUGAAAGAAGAGUUUGGAAUACAGCCAUGGAUUGAGCAUUGCGGUUGCGUUGUCGAUCUCCUUUGCAGAGCUGGAAAUGUGGAAGAAGCUUUCAGAUUCUUUCGAAGGAUGUCGCUGAUGGCUAAUGCUGAUGUUUUGGGGAUCAUUUUGGAUGCUUGCAGGGCAAGUGGUGGUGCUGAUCUAGCAGAGGAGGUUGUGAAAGAGAUGAUUAAGUUGAAGCCAGAGUCUUCUGGGAGUUAUCUGCAGUUGGCACAUAACUAUGCUGCAAUGAAUUGCUGGGAUGGAUUUGGGCAGACAUUGACAAGAAUGAGGACAUUGGGAUUGAAGAAGAUACCAGGGUGGAGCUUUGUGGAGGUGAAUGGGAGCAAAAACACAUUCUUCGCUUAUGAUGCUUCACACCCGCAGUGGGAUGAUAUUCUUUUGCUGUUAAAAACCUUUCAUUAUGAGAUGAAAGAUAUCAAACCAUUUAUUUGAAAUUUAAAAUACUGUCAUAAGCAUGUAGAAAUUCUCUCCAGACAUCUGUACUUCUCUGAGUUCAAACAAUAUCCCUCUUAAUCUUCAAUUUCCUGCA